GCCGUCGUCUCCAUCGCUGCACCUAAGGACGCUUUUCAAGAAGAGCUUUAGGCACUGUGGUUGUGUUAGCUCGACUGCUCACUCUUUUUCUAUGUCAGGACUGUUUUAAUUAAUAUAAAGGGUCCUGUCAAGAGCUCUAAACAAGGAAGAUAUGAGUUCACCUUUUCACUCUUUGAAAAAGAAUAAAGUUCCCCUCUUCCCUGGCCACAUGACUGGUAAUCGGCCAAUUCCCUUCCGCCACCCAGAGUACUCUGAAGAUGAGAGUCGUUUGCUUGCAGAGAUUACGACAAGCAUGAUCCAAGAGAAGCGAAAGAAGAGCCCUUUUAAUGGGAUGGCUCCUCUUGGGCCCGGACAGAUCCCGGGUUCUGAUGGGAAAUUGCCUGGGGAAGCCUCCGGUGGAGAAGAUGAUUCUGAAGCGUCACCGCCUCCCAAUGACCAAGAAUUGAUGCGGCUGAUGAUGAACAGGAUCGCUCAGCUGGAACAGAAGAGCGUUACUCAAGAGCAGGAGAUAAGAAACAAGGACCGUCAGAUCAAAGUGUUGGAAGAUAAACUUCGCAUUGCAGAGAAAGCACGCCGUGAAAGCGGGAAUGGCAAUUCAAGUGGGAUUCGUGACUUGGAGACGCAUUGCUUGCUGCUUCAACAACAGGUACACGAGAUGGAGACAUUCUUGGCUGAGUAUGGAAUGGUGUGGGUCGGGGACCAGUCUAACGACAACUCUGACGUUUAUGUCAAUGACGGCCUGGACGAUGACGAGGAAGGAGAUGACGAGGAGAACAACAACUUGACGGAGACGUCUGUGCGCACCGGUGGCUCUCCGGAUAACUCCAUAGCCUCAUCCGACCCAUUUGGCCUGUGGCGGCAAGACACAUCUCUUCCCGAAGCUUCUUCUCAUUUCAACAUUGACUUCAAUCUUCUCAUGGAAAACAUCAAGGACUUGAAUGUUAUGGCCGGGGCUGGACUAGCGCAGAUCAAGAAGACUUCGGACGGUGCCAGGUUCGAGGUGCCGGAAUCGGUGCAGCUGACAAUAUAUGCCAAUGGGAUGCUCAUGUUUGACGGACCCUUCCGGCCCUACACAGAGCCGACCACUCGACAGUGCAUUCGGGACAUACUGGAUGGAUACUUUCCCUCCGAGCUUCAGAGCAGGUACCCUGACGGAGUCCCCUUCGUGGUGACGGACCUGCGCAACACCUACUUCCAGCCCAAGGUGAGCCUGCUGGCUUUCACCGGGGAGGGUCAGACCCUGGGAGGGGAGACCAAACCCUCGAGGCUCAUACCUUCCAACUACUCCGACCCGACCAGGAAGAUGGCCAUGCCGCAGCCUGGUGUGGACAAGGUGUGCACAACCUCUCAGCUGCCGGGCAAGCCCCUCACUCCGGCCCAGUUCCUCAACAAGUUGCCCAAGUCUGUCAUCAAAGACGGGAAAGUCAUCGACGUGCGGGACUCGGUGGGGCGGGUGCUCGCGGGGGGCGACGAUUCUUCCUCCAAACCCAACGUGAGUCUGGUGAGCACCACGGUCACCAAGGAAAUGUCGGACAGCGUCCUGGCAUCCACCGACUUCACAACGCCGCUUGAGCGGCCAAAAUCCUACCGCGGCCACAGCGAGGUCACCACUCUGCGAGUCGUCACGGAGACGGGGAACCACACGUACAUCGUCAAGAUGAAGUUCACGGAGACCGUAGGCGACCUGCGCUCAUAUCUGGACACUCAGCGGCGGCCGACGACGCCCUACGACAUUGUCUCCACGUUCCCUCACAAAGUGCACAGUAACAACACAAUGACACUGGAGGCCAGCGGCCUCACGCCCAAUGCUGUGCUGCACCUCAGGCCUUGCAAGAAGUGAUCCGUCAAUAGUCUUGUGUCCCUCCCACAUUGUCACUCUCUCUCUCUGUGUCUCUUUCUCUCUCUCUCUCUCUCUCUCUCUCU